AGAAGCCAGUGCAACCCGAGACUUGGCGGAGAGCACACGACCGCUCGCGUCCCACACUGACUGACUGAAACUUCGCUCUUUCAUCUCUCGCUCUUAGUGCCGUGACCUUCUAGGAAACUGAGGCGAAGCAGUGAAACGAUGCAUGAACCACCGCGAUGCAAACUUCAUGAAUGACACCACUGGAUUAUUAUAUGAGGAUUAGUUAUUAGUUAAACUUUUCACUUGGCUUGUUUAGAAUUUUUUUUUUCUGAGAGCGAGAAGUACAGUAAAAAAGUCACGCUAUUGUGUUAUUGUGAAGAUUUUGCUUGUGUUUGUGUGUGUGUAGGUGUGCGUGGUUGUGUGAGACUGGCUGACUGACUGGCUGGUUGGCUGGCGUUUUCCUGCACCUGCCCUGCUGCCUCACAUGAGGUGCAUAGUCGCCGGCGCCUCUCAGCCCUCGAGGACCCGUGACCCAGACGCUGCUUGCCCUCGCCUCUCUCACUCCACAGGUGGCGGCUAAUCGGAAAUCGAUCACAGAUUGUAACGGCGUGAAACAACUGUGGGAACUGUUCAAGAGACAAAAAUGAGCUCUGAGCAUAUUCACAAGCUGACUCAUGGAGAGUGAAGUGUAAAAAAGAGAAAAUAUGAGGCAACUAUCGUCAUGAACCCAGAUAACGUGCAUACAAGUCUCAUAAAAAGGAGUGCAGGAUGUUCAGUGGCUGGGAAAGAGUGUAUUUCGUGUGUUGUGUGUGGUCUUAGCUGCGUCGAGGCCUGACUGGGAUACGGCAAACAGUGAAGGCAGGGUGAUGGCUGUCACCCACCCACCUGCUGACACACUGCACGUUGUCACGUGCUGGUGAGUCUGUCCCGCACGCCACAUACGGUGCCUUGGUGACUUGGGUGUGGGGAUUUUCUAUUAAGUGAGUAACGUCUGGUGACGCUUCGCUAUGAACCGUUCCGGAAUUCCGUAUCUUUCUGGGCAGGCCGGAGAGCAGGUGGCAUCUAAGUAUCUGGUGAUGGGGGAAGAGUGGGGCGGCAGUGAUUCACCAGAGGACCUCUUGCUCAAGCCCAGCAACGUGGAGAUUGAGCCCAAUCUACCGUGGAAUGUAUCCUUGGAUGAUGACGGCGGCGGUGACAGGACGCAACAGGCACCCACGUUUGCUGGGCAUCCGGACUACCUCACCCCGCGUCCCAACAACCUCACCUCGUACAACACCGCCGCUAAUGAUUCUUUGAACAACGUAUACAACGACAGCAGGUCACUCCCUAUUGACAUGCGCUUCAAUGACGGCCACAUCCUGCUCAUCACGUGCUACUCCUGCCUCUUCUUCAUCAGCCUUAUCGGCAACCUGUGUGUGCUGCGCGCCAUCCUCGGCAGUGGAAGAAAACACCGCAAGUCGAGAGUGAAUUUCAUGCUGCUUCACCUCGCCAUCGCUGACCUCAUCGUGACAACGGUGAUGAUGCCGGUAGAGGUUGGUUGGGCAGCGAUGGUGCAGUGGCUGGCGGGAGAUGCCCUCUGUCGCCUCUUCUCAUUCUUCAGGAUCUUCGGCCACUAUUUGUCUUCUUUCAUCCUCGUGUGCAUCUCCAUUGACAGGUACUUCGCCGUGGUGCAUCCUUUGAGCAUGAGUGCGGCAGAUAAGCGGGGCAAGAUAAUGCUGAUCUUCGCGUGGCUCCUGGCGUUUAGCUGCUCUAUGCCUCAGGUGAUCAUCUUUCAUGUAGAGAAGCACCCGCAGUUCACCUUCUACGUGCAGUGCGUCACCUUCAACUUCUUCCCCUCUGAACACCACGAAAUGGUCUACAACAUUUUCUGCCUCGUUAUGCUCUACGUGGCGCCGCUCUCCAUCAUCAUCUUCUUCUACGGGGCCAUCGUCGUCACAAUCUUCCAGAAAUCCAGGCUCUCCUCUGAUGACUCCACCAUCCGGCGCUCCAGUCUCGGUUACCUGGGCAGAGCUCGCGCCAGGACCAUCAAGAUGACUGUCAGCAUCGUCCUUGCCUUCUUCAUAUGCUGGACUCCCUACGUUGUCAUCAGUCUGUGGUUCUGCUUCGACCGGUCCGCAGCCGAACUGCUGGACGAGAAGGUGAAGAAAGGACUGUUCAUUUUUGCCUGCUUCAACUCCUGCGUCAAUCCGAUUGUGUACGGCAUCUUCAACUUUUGCAAAAAGAAGCAGCCCAUGCAGACCCAGACGUGGCGCUCAACCACCCUCAACACUCAGCUCAACUCUCGAAGCUGUGAGUGUCGAAGCUUCAAGUCCAGCCGUGUGUACUGGAGCCGCCGCGACCCCGGCUCCACCGUCACCAGCUCGGAGGCCGCCACCGCAGAGCUGCUCCUUCCGAGGGCCCUCAACUCCCCCUACAGAACCAGGCAGGUUGCUGUUGGCGGAGGCCCGAGCCUAAUCAUGCAGUACAAGAACGGCUCCUACUUCUCCAGCCGCUCACUCAAGGAAGAGAGAAACGGCAACCCGGUGUAGGGAACGGCGAAUCACAGGAACAUGUGAACAAUGGAUGCUGCAAUAAACCAUCAAGGCUACAUGUUGCAGAUGUGGUGAGUGGCGAGUAUACGUAGCGAGCAGGUGUGGAGAUGGUUGGGUAAAUGUGGUGAACAGUAAGGAGGUGAAUUGAAACGAAGCGCAGUGAAGGUGAUGUAAAGUGCAAUAAACGAUUUUAUAAAGUUAACGACAAAUAAGAUACAGAACGUAAUUUGUAUAGUGAACGAUAAAUUGAUAGUGAAUGGUUGAAAAAAAUAAACUGUAAUAGUAAGUAACAGUGACACUCAAAUUUGCUCUGUUGCCUCGACUGAAGGGACUGAGAAGACCAGUAAGACAAUGAAGCUAUAGUUCACUUGAAAAUAACUGACCAGUGACAGAGUUCAUGUGGCGAUAGUAGGAAAACUUAUUGAAGGAAUGGAAAGGCAUUUCUAUCACGUGUGUGUGUGUGUGUGUGUGUGUGUGUGUGUGUGUGUGUGUGUGUGUGUGUGUGUGUGUUUAGGUCUCAACAUGUAUUGUGGCUUACUAGUAACUACAGAAAAGUCCCGACAAGCCUGCUCUCUGAUAAGACAAUAUAAGAGUGUGGGUGCAAGUAAGGCCGAGGGUACGCUGUUACUCAACACGCGGCGCCUCAAGACAAUUGUCGUUGGACAUUCAAUGGACGGCCGCUCCCUGAAUCUGAUACACUUGCACCAACCGAGAUAUCUCUGUGAUGUAGAAGUGACCAUAUUGCUGCCAGUAAUAACAAUAAUAAUCAUAGUAAUAAUAACAAUAAUAUAUCAAAUCAGAAAAAUAAAAAUGUUUGUUAUCGGCAAGAAAAAUAAGUGUACUUUAAAUACUUGUAUGUGUAGUGAAUGUAUACUUACAUGUGGGAUUAAGUGUACGUAGAUGUUUUCAGGCGUAUUUUAGUCUCAAGAACGGCCGAGUGCUGGGGGAGGCACUCGGCAAGGCUGUGCUUAACAUAUCGUUAGUAUCUUGUGCGUCCCGUCAAUCAUUAAUGGGGCGGAUGCUCACUCAGAAGCAGCAGCGUGUCAUGUGAUCACAUUAUCCUGCUGCUUUCUACUCAUUCCCUGGUGAGGGGACCCAACCUGGGUUCACAGUAACCUCUAGAAAGGAAGACCUGAGAUAAGAGAUAAAGAAUGUUAUUUUCAGACAGUGACUCAUCUCGACUGCCUGGUAGAAGUUCUUCGGGUUUUCAAGGGUGCUUUUGUGAUUCUUUGGAAGGUUUGGCAAGGAUUCUUUACUAUAAGCAGAAAAGAAACCAUUGACUAAUUUCAACAAGUUCAGAUUGAAGAUGUUUGGGUUUUGAAUGAUGUUUCUUUUUAUAUUAUUCCUGGUGAACUAUAGCAAGGAUUGCUGCAAAAUUAAUAUAAAAACCCAUGAAAACUUGACUAAUCAUCUUUUUGGCCUUUGACAAUAGUCCUGAUGAAAGCAGAAAAUAUUCAAGAAUGCUAAUAAAAGGUCAGUGAGAAAAUAAAGCCUGACCUGAACCUAAUUGUUAAAAAUACUCGGCAGAUCAAGAUAAGGUCAGAAAAUGACCUCUGUGUGUUUCAAUGUCUUCGCCUCCGUACAGGGCAGUGAGAGGAAUAUUUGAAUUGUAACCAACAUUCAUAUAUACAUUCCAUUAUUGUUAUAAGUUAUGGUAGUAGCAGUAGUGAUAGCUAUAGCAGUAGUAGGUAAGAGACUCCCUUAAGUUGUAAUUUCUAGUUGCUGGAAUGAGGAAUGACUCUCCUCAGCACAGCAGUACUCGCUCACGUUUUCCUUGGGGUUGUAUUUUUUAUCUGAUUUCGCCAGUGUAACAGUGUUUUGUGCUUCGCGGCGCCUGCACGUAGCGCCGUCAGUAGCAAUACAGAAACAUUGCGGCGGCAGGGGAGUAGCCAGAUGCAGUCCUCCCUGGCGGUGACUCGAUAUAUUCAUUAAAGCCACUAUCAUAUUUUGCAUUCCGUGACGACCAGACCUUGUGUCCUGGUGACUGCGAGUUAUAAAAAGAGAAUUGUUGAAUAAUGCAUCUAUACGUCAAGAAUCUAUUCCUUCCGUUUUCUCUAGUCAAGGCUCCUUCUCUCCUUCUUCCUCAAAGGUUCUUCCUCUCCCUUCCUCCUCCCAGUUAAGAUUCCAUCUCAAGAACAGUGACCUCUUAUGAAUAUGAGAAAGGCUACAAGGGAAUUCCGAGAGGCUAGAGUAGAGUGGGUAAUUUCUGGUACUUACAUCCGCUACAAUGAAGUUUCUCAGUAUAGCUGAAUGAAAUCACCUGCAUCUUUUCAUUGUUAGGCAAACUUGUGCCAUGGUGAGGGAGUUACAUGACAGUGUUAUUUCUCAGUACUGAUAGCAUGAACAUGACCUCACCUCUUGACUCUUGACCUCGAAUCUUUGCAUACUCAGCUCUUUGUCACCAAUAUGUGACCAGACAUACGCUACUCGACAUCUCCCGUGCAUUACCUGCUGGAAAAAGAGUGGCCCGUUAAGAAAUACACAUACUAAGAUUAAAUUUAAAGGUAUUCUAAGUUGUAGAUAUUCUUUGGACAAAUUAAUUCAACGUAAUGGUUUAAAGUUACACGUCAUUUAAAUAUGAACUCUAGUGCAUGGUAGGUGGCCACUCAGUCGGAAAUAUUCGUAGGUCAGAUUUAUCAAUAAAUCUACGUAUUUGUAUCACGAUAAAAAGAAAACUGUAAAAAGAGGAGAGGGUAGCUGACGUUCACUCUUUUGACUCUUCUGUAGAAUUUUUUGCUACGCUUCCUUAAUUAAAUCUGUCAUUGGGCCAAAUUAUGACCAACUUAUUUGUUUUGAUGACAGCUUAGAAAAUCGUAUCACUGUGUUACAGAUCAUCAGAUCAUGAGAAAUAGAUGAUUAUCAACUGUUCGCUAAUUACCUCAUUAUUUACACACACACACACACACACACACACACACACACACACACACACACACACACACACACACACACACACACACACACACACACACACA